AAAAGUAAGGCCUACAUCAUUUAAUGGCAAACCAACUACAUAUGUAAUGUUAUUUCAGUAGAUAUUUAAAUAUUUAGGUUUAAUGAGUUUGUCUUGACAAGCUGUUUUGAGAAAGAUUUUAGAGAGCGUAAUUUUUUUCAAUUACAUGUUUUAUACUUGAAAUAGAUUGUAGCCCCGACCCAGCAAUAGUAACAGCACCGUCAGAUACAUUUUGGAAAAAAAAUAGCAAGCCAUAAGUUUUGUAUAGCCCCUCAGGUGAGUAUAAAUACCUCCAUUAUCAGUGGUGAGUGAAUUGGAACAGACACACCUGCUGAUGUUAUGAUAAGAACAGGACAGUAGGCUUUGUCUGUUAUCACACAUCUGUAUUGUAUUCACCAGAAACCAAACCAGCAAAUGGGCCAAGACGAGGAGGGGCUCACCCAAACUUGUCCAAUAAGAAACUAAUGAAUACACCCCCGAUGUCUGGUUUGGAACAGGUUUCAUUCAGAGUCAUGCCUGUUUCCACAUGCACUAAUGUAACAGCACUCUUGAUUGGCGUUGUCGGCUGGCAGUGACCGAGGGGUGGGGUUAAUGUUUCUUAAAAGGUUAUAGACAGAAUGCUUGGGUUUUUCAGUUGAGGAUACACUUGAUAUGCACAUGUCAAAGAGCCAAGGGGAUAUCCAACAAAGGGGACAGGAUAUUGAUACCUCAGUGAUAUCAGGAAAGUAAGAGCAAGACCAACCUGCCAGUGGAUAGAAUGGAGAGCGUUGACAUUGAAUUCUGGUAUUUCUCUUCUCUGUAUACAAUAGUUACAGCCCUAUACAUUGGGGCAAUUAUAACUAAGGCGAGAGGGAGUCAUGAUAGGGAAUACUGGACCUUUGCACUUUUGGCUCUUGGGGGGCCUCUGUGCUUUUUGGCCCUUCCAGGCUACCGCAGUCUGCUCUUUCUGACCUGCAGCCUCUGGUUGUGCUAUGUGGUUCUGGGCAGACGAGUGGACAUGCUGACGAUGCAUGGAAGAGCUGUGCUGAUUACAGGUUGUGAUACAGGUUUUGGUCAUGCCCUAGCGAGAAGGAUUAGUGACUUGGGAGUGACUGUGUUUGCUGGGGUUUUGGAUGAGACCAGCCCAGGAGCAGUGGAACUGAAGAGACUGGGGUCUGAGGGGCUACAAGUCCUUCAGCUGGAUGUGACAGACCCUGCGCAGAUAGAGCGGGCUCACCACUACAUUUGCACUCAGGUUGGGGACGCAGGUCUUUGGGGGAUUGUGAAUAAUGCGGGAGUCCUGGGCUAUGUGGCAGAUGGAGAGAUUAUUCCUGUGAGAGUAUACAGGAACUGCUUGGCAGUGAACUUCCUUGCUGCAGUAGAGGUCUCUCAGGUGUUUCUUCCACUACUCCGACACUCCAGAGGCAGGCUCGUCAACGUCUGCAGCAUGGCAGGUGAUGUGCCCGUUCCUGGGUUUGUGGCCUAUGGAGCAUCCAAAGCAGCCCUGAACACCUUCUCUGGAGUGAUGAGACUAGAGUUGGCCAGAUGGGGCGUCAAUGUAUCCACAAUUCAACCUGCAGGCUUCAGGACAAAUAUCUUCGGUAGCAGUGAUGACUGGAGCCGCUACCAAGAGGAGAUCUUCACCUCUCUAUCCCAGGAUGUCCGAAAGGACUACGGCGAGGCCUACAUCUCCUCUCUCCAGACACGCUUUGCCAAGAUGGCCGUCAUGUCCUCAGAGGACCUGCGUCCCGUGCUAGAUGACAUGUGCCACGCACUGAUGUCAGUGGCCCCCAGACCCGUCUACACCCCUGGCCAGUCUGCCUGGCUCAUUCCCUGCCUCCACCGCCUCUGCCCCACACGGUUCUAUGACAUCAUUAUUACAAGUCUGUUUCAGUUCAAUAGCAGUCUGCCAGCUGGACUCCAGGCAGGAGGCUCAGUGGGUUCGAAGACUUGAUAAGAUGUAAGAUAUGUGAUGUCGGGCUAUUCUUUCCCAAGGUUGUUUACGGGAAUGCUUCCAUAGAUUAGUAUCUCUCCAUCUUCCUUCAUGCUUGGUUGGCAGAGAAAUGUGACUGUGGGCUUUGUACUUUUUUGGCAGCUUCA